AUGGACAGUCUGAGUGAGAAUCAGAUUGGCGAUGUUGGAGCGCAAGCGAUUGCUGAAGCACUGAAGGUCAACACAACGCUGGUUGAGCUCGAUCUGCAUCAGAAUCAGAUUGGCAGUGCUGGAGCACAGGCGAUUGCCGAGGCACUCAAGGUCAACACGACACUCACCAAGCUCGAUCUGAGCUGGAAUGAGAUUGGCGAAGCUGGAGCGCAAGCGAUUGCUGAGGCUUUCAAGGUGAACACGACGGUGACAAAGCUCGAUCUCCACCAUAGUCAGAUUAGCGAUGCCGGAGCUCAGGCGAUUGCUGAGGCCCUCAACGUGAACAAGACGCUGACUCGUAUCAACUUGUUCGAUAAUCAGAUUGGCGAUUUGGGAGCGCACGCGAUCGCUGAGGCACUCAAAGUGAACACAUCGCUGACUGAUCUCAACAGUACAAGUAGUGCUGCUGCGCCAUCCGUUCCCGAGCCAAUGGUCACGAGUCCAGAAGACAACAAUCCGGGCGCAAACCUGGAAAUUCUAUCCGCAGUUGCCGAAGAAUCACGGACCUUGGUGCCAAUGGACACACGUCAAGCUGACGAAACAACUGACUUGGGUCGAGCGGUCAAACCCCCGAUCGCAGAGAUUCAUGCGCAGACAAUUCUUCCAGGGGCUGUCCACGACGAACACAGUAGUCUGAUUGAAACCAAGGUUUCUACAGCAGGCAUUCCCAGCAUGAACUCAAACGUAAAGAUCGCACAUUGGCAUCGUCUGUUCGACAUGGCCACUCUGAUAGCAGCCGGCGAAGGCUUGCUGAAAGAACAACCCGCGAACUUUGCUCAAGGGAUGCCGAUUACUCCGGAACAACAGCUUGUGUACCAUGCUAAAGAGCGAUCGUUCAGUGUCGAGUCGGUCGCCAGUAUGACUCAGCCAGCAAGCAUUUUUGCGCAGCCAUUCGAACUCGAUGCCAAAGAUCAAGAGCUGGAACAGCUUCGCCACGAGCUUGCUGCCAAAUAUCAGGAGCUUGCUGCCAGAGACCAGAAGCUCGCUGCCAGAGACCAGGAGCUUGUUGCCCGAGAGCAGGAGCUUGUUGCCCGAGAGCAGGAGCUUGUUGCUAGAGAGCAGGAACUCACUGCCAAGGAAAGUCGGAUCGACAAUCAACCUCUCAACUCUGACGGACACAUCCCGCAAAUUCCUCUCGCGACUCUUCUCACCGCCACGAACAAUUUUGCUGCGGAUUCCCUGCUCGGCGAAGGAACUUUUAGUCGCGUGUAUGGCGCCAGUUUGCCUGUCGCCAUCAAGAGGCUGCCCGCCGAAUUGAUCCAGCAUUAUGUAGAGUUUCAAUCAGAGCUGGAAUCUCUAUCUAAAUUCCGUCACCCCAACAUUGUUGCGAUUCUGUCUUAUGCCAACAGUCACGAUGAGUAUUGCUUGGUGUACGAGUUUAUGCCCAAUGGUUCUGUUCGCGAUCGCUUGGAUCGCAAAAACGGCACGCCUCCGCUGACCUGGUACCAGCGCCACCGCAUUGCGGCUGGUGUCGCCCGUGGCAUGAACUACGUCCAGACAGCCUUUCCUGAUCAUGUUCUGAUCCUUCUCGAUCUGACGACAGACAAUGUUUUGCUAGAUGCCUCUCUCGAGGCCAAAGUAUCUAAUUUCGGUCUUGCCCGUGCUGCCCAACAUCUCCAUGAGACGAGCUACCUGCCCACCCCGCACCUUCAAGGCACAAAGGUGUACAUGUGUCCCGAGUUCUUUGCGGAGAGCAAAAUGACCGUCAAAACGGACGUUUAUGCUUUUGGCAUGAUUUUGCUGGAAUUGGUGACGGCAGAGAAGGCCAGCAUUCGCAUGAAGUCAAACGCGCGAAAAGCUGUGAAAAACCAAACCAUCAAUGACAUGCUGGAUCCAGUACUCAUUCUAACUGAGGCAGAGUGCCAGAGCAUCCACAAGAUUGUCGUUCUUGCACUUGAGUGUCUUGAAGAAGCAGCUGAAGAUCGCCCAUCAUUCGGUACCCUCCUUGCUACAUUGGAUCAUUGA